UGGAAGUGACUAAUAACAACUUGCUGCUGCUCGAAUCGGACGCACUCGCCGCGCUGCCUUUGCAGCUGCUAAAGCUCAGCGGCAACAGCAUACGGCGAAUCGACCAGAAAGCUUUCAGUUCCAUGACAAACACUUUGAAUUCUCUUGACUUGGGAAGUAAUUCAUUGUCUGCGAUACCUUUCAGUGCACUACUUGGUCUGAAAACAUUAUCAAGGCUUGAUCUCACCAGUAAUGAAAUUUCUUCCGUCGCUGGAAAUUGGGGCAACCUAUCCGAAAGUCUGAGCACUCUACUGUUAGCAAAUAAUGACAUAUUAGAAAUUCCGUCCAAAGAGGAGGUCGACGGUCCUGACCAUUCCUUGCGAAAUUUCAAAGUUCUGAAAUCUUUGGACGUGAGCGGCAACCGUAUCGGCCGGCUGUCUCCUAGAUCGUUGCCCGACUCGUUGCGCAAUUUAGACUUAUCUCAUAAUCACAUACAGCACUUGCCAUGCGAAGACAUAGAUUUACAGGGUAAUCUACGGAACGUCCAUUUGCGAAACAACUUUAUACAGAAGAUACCAGAUUAUCAUUUCACUAAAAACUCUCAGUUGGACACGCUCGAUUUGGGUCUGAACAAUUUGAAGUACAUACCCAGUCGAAUAUUUGAUGGCACGAUCGCGAUUAGAGAUUUCAUUUUAGAUUACAACAGUCUUAGGAGCCUGAACUCUGAGGCUUUUAACGGCCUGAACUGCUCCCGAAUCAUACUCUCCCAUAACGACUUGGAGAAUUUGCACGAGGACACGUUCAAAGGCCUAGAACGACAUCUCGAGUACUUGGACCUGGAACAUAAUUUAUUAAGUACACUUCGCGAAGACACAUUUAGAAAACUCAAGUCACUCAGCUACUUGUAUUUAUCUUCUAACGCCAUAACGUACAUCCACGAACUUCCGAACACUAUAAAAGUUUUAUCUUUGAGUAGUAACUCUCUAGAAGAAAUUCCCGCAGACGCAUUGAGAAAUUGCAAACAGUUGUCUUAUUUGAAUCUUGGUUAUAACGAAAUCAGUGAGAUCAACGCUUAUGACUUCACGGAAUGGGCAGAAAACCUGGAAACUUUACUUUUAAGGAACAAUCGUAUAUCGAGAUUAAACGACAACGUAUUCAUAUCUUUGUUAAAUUUGAAAGAACUCGGAUUAAGUUUUAAUGACAUACUGUACGUAGAGAAUAACUCUUUUGUGAAUGUCAGUAAUUCGCUGAAGAUACUGGAAAUGUCUUUCAGUUUAUAUCCGGAAGAUUUACCAGGAGAAGUUCUAAAACAAUUGCAUAAUCUCAUGUAUUUGGCUUUGGACAAUAACAACUUUGAGUCGAUAACGAUUGAAACAUUGUCGAACUUCAAGGAACUAGUGCAUUUGAACUUAGCUUUCAAUAGCAUUCAAGAACUACCAGAAGAUUUGUUCUUUAACCAUGGAUUCCUAGUUCACAUAGAUUUAUCAUUUAAUUCUUUGAAAAGAAUUUGUCGACGAACUUUCUUUCAAUUAUCUGAAUUACAAAGCGUGGAUCUAUCUUCAAACAAUAUUGCUACAAUACAUUCUUUCGGUUUUGCUUAUUUGAGAAACUUGUUGAGCUUAGAUCUUUCCGUAAACAACAUAGAGAAUAUUCAUGAAUCGAGUUUUGCUCAUCUGCCGAAUAUUAUGCAUUUAGAUCUAUCAAGUAAUGUUCUGAAGCAAGUAGAUCUAAAAUCGUUUAAUAAUAUUACAAACGAGCACACGCCUUUGAGUCUAAAUAUUAGCAACAAUUUAAUAUCUACUUUGUCAUCUGCGGACGGCGUUUAUUAUGUGCACACGCUAGACUUGGCGAAUAAUAGGCUUUGCGAUGUUUACAGCGAAUUUAUGAACUGCCUGGGAGGGUCUCUGCGAAAAUUAUAUUUAUCGUCGAACAAUAUUACAAGAUUAGAAAAUCAGGCCUUUGGUGAUUUAAGUCUACUGGAAGAAUUGAAAAUGGAUCAUAACCAAAUAACACUGAUUCGGCGAAGAGCAUUUUACGGUUUGGAUAACCUACACAUAUUAGAUUUGAGUCAUAACAAAAUUGAAGUAUUACAGAAUGAACAGUUUGCUAAUUUACGCCACCUACGUGUACUGAAAUUGAAUAAUAAUAAUAUACGAUCGUUGUUCCAUGAUAUAUUUCAAAAUACAUUCAUAGAACACUUAGACUUGAGCUGCAAUGAAAUUGUGAUACUGCCAAGUUUAGCGCUGUCUGAGAUCGGUUUCACUUUACGUUCUUUACAUAUCGGAGGUAAUUUGAUAGCCUCAUUAGAUGAUGUCAUGUUUAUGGGUAUUUCAUACAUAUUAGACAUUGAUCUAUCACAUAAUAAGUUCAAAAAGUUGCCGGAGAAUAUUUUUCAAUCAUCUAAACAGCUACAGUCUGUUGAUUUAAGCGACAAUAAUUUAGUUGUGGAUUUGGACGCUGUAUUUCGCCGAACACCUAAUUUAAUGACUUUGAAAAUAUCUAACAUAAAAUCGAGGAAUAUUCCACAGCUUAGAUUACAUUCUUUGCGGCAUGUUAAUUUAUGUUCGAACAGAUUAGAAAAUUUAUCGACAGUCAUAAUGACUUCACUGUAUGAUUUGACUGAUUUGGAUCUAUGUGACAACAAACUUGUAUCGGUACCUUCAGAACUCUGGUUCUAUCUUCCAAAAUUGAAAUUAAUCAACUUAUCGAGAAACCCUAUAAUUAGUUUGAACGAAAAUAACUUUCAAGGGCUUCCUUACUUGAAAACUAUUAACUUGUUCAAUCUUCCUGAGUUGAAGGAAAUCCAUUCUAAGACUUUAUCCGGAAUAUCUUUGGAAAAUUUACUUGUGGAAACUAACCAGCAUCUACAGAACAUGGAUACUAUCGGCAAAGUAGCUUCGGCUGUUCCAACCUUACGUUCGCUUAGCCUAAAAUUAGCAGAAACCACGCUAAGUGUUCAACUUUUACAUUCUACAAAUCGAAAACUUGAAACAUUACAAGUUAGUGGGCAAUACUUAUCGGUGAUUCGACCGGAAGGUUUUGACAGUUUUCGUGGAAAUCCGCGAUUGACCAUCAGGAUAAAGGAUAGUAUGGUUUCCGAAUUUCCUACUGGGCUGUUUUAUCAAUUGAGGAGAGUAGGAGAUCUCGGAAUUGACCUCCGAGGGAAUGCGAUCAACUAUAUUACACCAGAAGCAUUUUAUCCAAACAGCAGCAGUUGGCAGGCAUAUGGAACCAGAUUAGUUACAGGCGGGCUGCUGAUGUCCGACAACCCGCUCCAAUGCGACUGCGCCCUAGUCUGGCUCGGCCACUGGUUGCGCCGUUGGCUCAGGGAGACCGUCCAGACCAGGACGGUGUCCUCCAGCGAGGCCAGGAGGAUGCAGGCGCUGGCCAGGGACACCACGUGCUCGCAGCAGCACAGGGCAGGCGGUAUCAAAGCUCUGCUGCUCCUGAGACCAGACGAUCUACUCUGCCAUGCUAGUCCUCUGACCAGUCGAGGAUUUUGGGAGGAGGACCAGUGGAUAUUGUUUUGCGGACUGCUGAUGUCCGACAACCCGCUCCAAUGCGACUGCGCCUUAGUCUGGCUCGGCCACUGGUUGCGCCGUUGGCUUAGGGAGACCGUCCAGACCAGGACGGUGUCCUCCAGCGAGGCCAGGAGGAUGCAGGCGCUGGCCAGGGACACCACGUGCUCGCAGCAGCACAGGGCAGGCGGUAUCAAAGCUCUGCUGCCCUGA